UAGAGAUCAUAAACUCACCGUCCACUAGCGGGCCCACUUAAUGCUCCACAUGGACAGUCCGUAUGGACAGGCUCUAAAGGAGUUGAUAUCACCUUAGAGUGCUCAAACUUGAGGCCUCAAGAAGAAGCAAACCCCUAAGUCUCCGGCCUUGAUCACCAGGCCAACUCCUUUGGGGUUUACAGAGAAGGGUUAAUCCUAGGAAAGGCCUCCAAGAAGUUUUUUCCUCCGGCAGUGUUUUUUUCUUUAGAUUUUUUUUGGGAAGCUCUAUCAGUGUUAAAAACCUUUUCCUCUAGAUGCACACACCCUAGUAUAUAUUACGAUGUCUUGUUUGAUAUGGGGGCUAGAGACUAUGGAGAUUUUAUAACUGAUAUUUUCAAAUUUUUAAAGUUGUUUUUGACAUAGCUUCUGAGGCAACAAACAAAAAAGGGUUUAAAAAUGUAGAACCUAAGCCAUAAGAAACACAACAACAAUUGCUGGUGUAAGUUUGUUUGUGUAUCCCAUGCGAUUAGAAACAUCAUGAAGUAUAAUUUACAUGAGCCUAUCCCAUCUCGGCACUGGAUUGGACCGCUAGCAUUGUAGACUUGGUAAUGUUAUUCAAAUUGGGUGGAAAAAUUAUACGUGCACGCAGUUCACAAAGCACAAGGAAUUGCCUGCUCAUAAACAGAGGAGAGGUGGUGUGCAUCCGCACAUCAACUAUACCAAAUGGGGUCUAAUAAGUGAAGUUUGCCCUUUUUUUGUUUUUUUGUCUUUUCUCUCACUCUAACCUCUUCAGUAGAGGUAAGUUAUCCCAUCUUGAUGUAUAUGGUGUCCUAUACCUUCGUGGCUAUGGUGUCCUAUACUGCAAGUCCGCAACACUAUCCCAUUGUCGAAGUGUGCAACUAACUGUUGCAUAUCACAAACGGACCACAAGUUACUCACUAUUCAAUCCACCUACUUUACGUGGCAAACAAAUGCGCACAAAUGUUUAUGGUGGAUAAGGUUGACAAAAGCACAAGAAGAAAGUAUCAAAAGAGAACGGAAAUGGCAAAAGCACAUCAAUAUACUACUGUAAAGGUUGCUCGCGAUGAGGACCUUAUGGAACAGAUUGGAAGGGAUAUGUCUUUUGACCUUGUGGAUCAUAACAAAGUUCGUAGCUUUCGUAUUGAGAGACAGAUGCAUUUUAACCUUUUUAAGGAGGAAGUUGCCAAAGAGUUUGGCAUACCCGUACAAUUUCAACGUUUCUGGCUAUGGACAAAGCGUUUGAACAAAACAUACCGUCCAACUCGGCAUUUGACACCACAAGAGGAAGCUCAACCUGUAAAUGCUUUUGACUUUUCCUCCUUUCUGGUGUUAUUUAUUUCAUCUUUGGUCUUUAUCUUAAUUUUUUAGUUACGACAGCUCCACACUUAAGAUUCACCUUCACCGUUUCAAGAUAUGCAUGUGCGUAUGUUUAUUUUCCUAAAUCCACCAAUUGUUUGUGUCUCUUGCAUUGCCGAACUUCACAUGAAAACCUGAUGGUCACAUUGUCUGAACAUGAGUUUGGAGCAACAUUUUGCAAACUUCAGGCUAGUUAUUACUGUAAUAAUUUUUUAAAGGUUAAACUCCUAAGUCUUAAUCACAUUUUAGUGACAAAAUGUAUCAUGAUGUUAAUACUUAAUACUUAAUACUUAAAACGCCGCCUCUCAUGAAUUUUAAAAAACAAGAUGUACUUGUUGUCAUUCUGGUAAGAUGACAUUAGGGUGGCUAUCAGAGCCGUACUUCUUCGAAGAAAUCAUUCUUGUUUAUCUAUCUGUCUGAAAUUUAAAGAUUCCGGGGCUUAUCUUUUCUUUGUAUUGCAUACAUAUUACAUCCAGAGAGUAAAAUGCCUUGCUGCUUCGCCUAAUGCUUUUCACCAUUAAAAGUUUUGAUGCUUAAUGAAUAGUUGCUUAUGCCUUUUCAUUGAAGUUUCUAUACCAAGUCUUUCUGUUCUCAUCUAUGAUUCAAACAUAAGGGUCCACACUCAUAAAGUAACUUAGCAUUCGACGACGGUGGCUAAUUUGGUACUUGAUGGCUUUGAUGAAAAUUUCCGUAAUUGGGCUUACCUGAGUUUUAGGGUCCAGUGAAGGCUAUUAUUUUGUCAGCACGUUCAUGUUCUACAUAGAGUAUUGUUAAGGUUGGCCUGUUCGAAAUAUUGUUUCUUUAGUGAAUUGGAUAUGCAUUAGUCGGUUAUAAACUGUUAUAAAGUUUUAAUUUAAAUUGCAGUUAAGUUGCCUGUACACUUGGUUAAUGUGGUUGUAUCUGUCAAGAAUAAUAGACCUUGGGUUCUUGAAUUGCAACUUCUUUUUCUGUAUGAGUCAACCGUUCUCCUUGCUCUUUUUGUGGUUGUGUGUAUAUCUUUGGUGUUCGUUCUAGCUUGUCUUUCAGGUUCAUCUGCAAUCUAUUUGAUACCUAAUGAGAAAAUUACUGCUUAGUCACUUGGGGAUUUGUUAUUUAUAAGCCACUUUUAAGUCAACUGAAUUCGAAGGAUAUAUUUAUGCUAGAGUCACUGCUUCACUGUCUAUCUUUAAUCGCUCGGUAUUUUAAGUGUUUUCUUGAGUUCUCGUUAUAUAUAACGCUACAGUCACUAGUUCGCUGUCUCCCUUUAACCGCAUGGUGUUAAAUUUGUUUUCGCAUUAGCAUGUUAUGAUGAGUCAAUGAAAUCUUUCAUACCUUUAAAGUCUCUAGUGUUAAUUGAGCUUUGACCAGAGCG